GGGGGGCACGGGCCCCGGCACACAACCAAACAGCGUGCGUCGUCCAUGCCCCGCAACCAGAACAAGGAGACAGUGGAGGAUUCUGAGAUCGUCAGGGCCCUGCGUCAGCGCUGCGUGGAGCUGGCGGGCGCCGUGGACGGCGAGCGGCAGCGGCGGGGCCGCGGCGCGGCGCGCCACGAGGACGAGCGGCGGCACUUCGCGUGCGAGCUGCAGCGCCUGCGCGCCGAGCUCCACGGCACGCGGGAGCGGCACAGCCGGCUACAGAACGGGUUUGACGCCAUCGGCAGAGUGAAGUGCGACCUGGAGGAGAAGAUCUGCCGCACGGUCAAGGAGUUUGACGAGGAGAGGGGCACCCUGCUGAGUCGCGUGUCGGUGCUGACGGGGCGGCUGGCCGAGGCUGAGCGAAUGAUCGCAACACUGGCCGAGGACAAUAAACGCUGCCGGGAAGACUGCCGUCUCGCCGUGCAGCUGCUACAGUGCAGCUCCGGGCGCUUUGCCUGCGCAGUCGACUCACAGCUGUUUCCGGAGACGAGCGAGCAGCCGGUCCUCUCGAACGAGGGCUCGCCGACUCCGUCCGGCUACCACCACGCCGCCUCUUCCAUCGCCACCGCCGCCGUCGCGUCGCCCCCCCGCAUGCCGACUCCCAUAGGGACCCAGCUGCCGCCGCCGCUACUGUCCCCGCGCACCUCGCCGCCUAGCCCGGGGCACGGACAAGCCGCGGACGGCGUGCUGCACCGCCCCGGCCAGUGUCUCGACAGGGAGCCAUUCCGGGGGCUGGCGCCGCGGGCCGAGGCGUGCUCCGAGCCCGAGCUGUGCCCGCGGCACGAGCUGCCUCACGACGCCGUCCUGCACCAAGCCUCCGAGGACGGCGCCCCAGGCGCCUCGUGGGAUGGGGCCGCUCCGCCAGAGCCCCAACAAGAGCGGCGGAACGGGAGGGCGUGCCGGGCCCGGGCGAGGCCCUUUCUGGCGCGCCGGUCCAGCCGGGAGGCCGAGGGUUUCUCCUCCUCUUCGUCCUCAUCCUUCUCAAUGGCGGCGGUUGCGGGGGCGCCAUUCUUCGAGGAGUACGGCUACGUUGCGUGCUCUCCUGGCGAGAUGUUCGACGAGGAGAUGGAGGAGGAUGAGGAGGUGCGGGAGCUGCCGGGAGCGACGGCCGCGCGCUGGCGCACUGUCCCAGGCUCGCGCGCCGCCGUGGGGGAGGCCGCGGGGCAGAGGUUCGGCCCGGCUGUCGGAGCCUGGAGACGCAAGGAAAGCCUGCGCAAGGCCCAGGAGUAUGGGAAUAUCCUCAACUGACUCGAUAAGACAACCCUGGGAGGUUUUCCAGUGUUGUGGUUCCUCAGAGAUGGUGAAAUUCACGUGAUAGAGAAUGAGAGAACAGCCAAGGUGGAUGAAUGUUGAAUGAAACUCCCUGCAAAGCCUGCUUGGGGCGGAGCUCAUUCCCAUGUACGACCCGAAGCCAGUUGUGGCAAUUGCAAAUUCCCAGUUGACUUCCCGCAGAGUAGCGUACUUGUAAACAAUGAUAAAGGCGCAGCCCUUCAAUGCCCCGCUAUCUCGCCACUGCUGGCGGAGCCAGCUCCUCCACGACAGGGAGCUCCAGAGGGUAUUUUGUGCCUGCUCUUCUACACCGGAGAGGUGGGAGUACCCACACUUUAGCCUAGCACACGCGACCUGCCAAUGGGUACACCACAGCGUGGUGUACCCAUUCAUACCGCUGGGUGGACGGAGGCUUGAGAGUUUCCGAAACUUGCCCAGUAUUUCAACUGCCGCGCCAGGAGAUGGAAUCAAAAUACUCUCUAUAGAUUGCAUGUCCAGUGACCGAACCAUUUCACGACCAUGCUUGCAAUCCAGCGCCCACCUACAAUUAGCACGGUUGGCAACGUACAGUGUGAAAGAAGUUCAAAAUGCAUACCUACAAGCGCUUGUAAAUGUAUUGCACAGUCCCACUCACAACCAGGAUACGUGUGUACGUAUGUAACAUAUGCAUUACAUACGUAACGUACAUACGUAACGCAUAUGUUUGCUCCACUCAAGGCAUUUAGGGUAGGGUGGAUUAGCAGGAAGUAGCCAUUUUGCCCAAUCACAGACAGCCCUCGUUAGUCACGAAGCCUGCAGUCACAUGGUCACAUCACCAAGCGUGGUUGUUUGUUUGGAUACAUCUAAAUAUGCAAAAUGUCAACUUGCAUCCAUACACAAAUACAAUUAUGAAUGAUAGACAAUUGGUAUUCACGUUAGUUUCUAUUGUCGGUAGAGGCGCAGUUGCCAGCCAAUAUCCUCGCGGUAAACACAAAGUGUCUCCCCGCGAGACAAGCACUAGGCGGCGCUCUCCUCCCUUAGCUUUACUGAGCCAAUGCAGGAAUUCCUACAUUCCUGUGACGAGUCUAAUCACUGCUGACUUUUGCACAGAGAAGAACUAUUUUUUAUGUUAUAUUUUAUUUUAUCACCCAAGACAGAUGAUGGGUUGAGUUGAUCUCGGGCCUGGACUUUAACUCUCAACUUUCUGCAGUUGGCGACACAUGGGCUGGAGUGGCGCUUUGUGAGGUCGACAUCGUGACGGGCGCCAUGCGACGGCAUUGUCUUAUAUUAAGCUGACAAAAGACCCAAGACAGAAGACAACAGUGGUGGGGACACGUCUCAAGAAUGGCCCUGGCAGAACGGAUGCCAAACGCGGUAAUGCACAACAGAACACGAGGAUUGAGAGUGAGCGAAGGAAGGCGCAGAGAGCAGAGGGUGUGUGGCGAUGGACAAAGCCGUGAGAUUGGUUAGCGGACAGCGAUGGAGGAGGCUUGCAGACCCGUCGUCGCUGAUGAAGAAGCAUAGGAAUGUUGUCGCUGGCUACAGCUGACUGCUGCUGCGGUCGUCCUCACGUUUCCAAAAGGCCACUUGGAAGAGUUCUGCAUGAGCUCUGGAAGCCUAAACGCCCUGUUGCACGUCGGCUGCAGAGAGGCAGUUUUGCGAUCAUCUAAAGAGCAUUGACACCAUACUCGACCGGAAUGUCGUUUGAUCACCACGUGCAAAAUGUCGUCGGGUCCUGCAAUUUUUAUAUCACGGCUCUACAACACAUUCGACCACUACCGAGUCGUGACAUAGCCACCACAGUGGCGUGUAGCGUAGUAUCGAUAAGGCUCAAUUAUUACAGCUCACUACGUCUCGCACGAAAACAUGACCAAGCUGCUGCGUAUACAACAUUCUCUGGCACGUGUCGUGACGGGUGCUGCGAGAUCCGAACAUGUCGGUCCAGUGCUCGCCGAGCUGCAUUGGCUUUCAGUUGCUAAACGAACACGUUAUAAGGUCGCGCUCAUUACACACAGAAUUCUUGCCACAAAUGAACCAUAAUACCUUGCUGAUCUUGUCGAGGAGCAUAAACCAUCAUGCGGACGCUGGUCAUCCUCGCAGCGACUUUUGGCAAACCAUCAUGCUUUCAGAUGUGCUUCUGCGGCCACUUGGAACGCUCUUUCAAUAUUAUUAGGAUGCCACUGGAGCUUUGCACUUUUAACUUAGAUUGCAAAGAUUUUCUUUAGAACUGCUUUUUGUGUUUAGUUUGUUGUCCUUCCCCCGCACCACCGAUUAGUACGGUUGGUUAUGUAGGGUGCGAAAGAAAUUCUACAUACAUACAAGAGGCUACCAGCUUUGUUUUGUCACAGAUAAGAGCUCACCCACGCCCUUAAUUCGCGCUGCCUCGGAACAGAAACAUCAACCGUGGGCCGCCACUUUGGCCCGUGGCUGUUGGCCUGAUGGAGGAUACGCGUAUUUGUCACAGGGCAGCGUUCGUGAUGAUUUGGCAGCGUUUUGCAGUCGUGCCCGUGGCACCACUGCUGCCCCUGCAGUCCCCACAAUUUUUAUUGACACAGCAGUGCCCCGGUUUACGUCAGGGAUGCGUUCCUGAAAGCCGCGGCGACGAAUGUCCAAACGACGUCAGCCAAAAGCGAUUUACGGGGUAGUAGGUGGUGGAGGCGAAGGCUGAGAGGCGAUAGAUAACGAGAAAGGGCGGACGAUGAUGCUGUCAGCGACGUGAGUGUGGGGGUUGAGGCGGCACAAAUCAGGUAGUGGUAUUCAUAAAGUGAGGACCUAUCUCCUAUACGACGUAAAAGGGGGAGACGUCAAUCGGGGUGUUACUGAAAUGUUCACGAAUAAGCUCGUUCCCCUCCAGUUGAGCAAAUUUGAUUGAUUGAAUUUAUUUUGGAAAGGGGACAUAAUCGUCGCGUCAAAUGAACCGUCAGGUGCACGCCGUCUCGACGAGUGAUGACUGAAUCAUGCGGGGGCCGUAGGUGGAGGGAUUUUUUUCCCCGGUCCAAUGGAGCACGGAAUCCGGUCAUUGUACAAAGCCACCCCUGGUUUCAGUCACAGUUUUAAAUAUUCAGCAUGCAGAGGACGCAUCCAUUCAACGGUUAUAUCGUAUUCCUGCGCUGAUGAUAUACGCAUUGAGCUGAGCGUGUAAACACUGCAGUGUUUUGAUGUGUGUGUGUGUCUAUAUUGUAAAUAAUUGUUUCACAAGACCCCUGUAGCCACAAGAUAAAUUGUGUUGAUCCCGGGACAACGUCAGUAAGUUGCCCAGGCUCACGCGCUCCACUGUGUCUCCCAGUUGUGUUUCUCCGACAGAUCUCUCUUUCCAAAUCAGCUCAAGCCUCCCGUAAAUCACGUGACUCUCCCCACCCACUGUAAAAACAGCCGCCGCUCCUCCGCACUGUUCACUUCCGCCUGCUCUCUUCCUUUUCUCUUCCCCUCCCCUCCCACCAUCACCCUCUCAUCCCGAACAUCUUGGGUCGGUCAUUCCUUCUCUUCCCCCUUCCUGCCCGGCGCUCCUCCUCUCUUGCUGCUGCUCAUCUUCAGCCGUGCCCUCAUCUUUGUCCAUUUUGGGGGCUUUUUCAAAAAAACGUUUCUAGCGUUGCCAUGAAGAGGUCUGGCCUGACUCCUUCUCGCUCUAUGUCGUGCUGUUUGUUUUCUCAGUUGUAGAUGGGGCACCGGUUCUUGAGAGCUGCUCCAUUUUCCACUCAGUCAAAUGCCUCUGCAACGGUCUACAGAGGCUGGGCACAAUGGUAAAACUGUCCUUCGUUUGUCUGUAGUACGUGUGGGUGUGUGGUCAGCAGCAGGGAAACCUUUCCUGGACCCAUGGUGGAGAGUGGUUGGGGUUACCAGUUAACAGUGAAAAGUAUUUAACUUCCUCCUUCUUAGGAUGAACAACUUUCAAACGGACGAGCAAAUGUCAAAUCACGUGAUACCUGCGCACGAGGUCGGGGUUACGGGAGAAAAGCAAAACCACCGAGUGAGAGAAGUGACCCCCCACGCACACACGAGCGAGCAGACGGUGCAGACGCACUCGGACGGGAGAUUUGCAGAGGAAGUAGUGCGAGAAGAGCGAUAGACGAAACUAAACUGUUUUUGUGUUUUUAUUUUACCGGGUAAGGCCCACUUAGCUAUAUCGAUCUUUUUCAGAAGUGACCUGGCUAUUACAAAUAAUAACCGAACGAAGUGGCUUAUCACGUGGAAAUUUC